UAUUAUUAUUAUUAUUAUUAUUAUAACACUGUUAAUUUCAUUAGGGCUUCAUUAGUUUACAAAUCAAUGAAGUGUGUGUUAUUAUUUGUGACUGAUACAACAACUAACAUUAAAGAAUUAAUCAAAUCAUUUUCUAGAUAUAAAUAAUAUUUUUUUCCUUUUAUAAAGAAUAUUAUUUUAACAUUUUCACAUCAAUUCAAAUGAUUAAAAUUCAAUUAUAUUUUAUAAUUAUAUGUAUUUAACUAAUAAAUUUUGAAAUAAAUAAAAUUAUUUAUAAGAUCAAAGAAUUUUAAAAUCAUUAUUAAAAUUAUAAUAUGUAUAAAUAUCAUUAAAAUUUAAGUGAUAUUUCUUGUGUAAUAAGAUAAAGUGUCAAAAUGAUAUUUUUUUAUGAAAAGUAACGAGUUAUUAUAAUUCGUAAUUAGGUGAACAUUUAAUCUGUUUAACUAUUGGAAAUGUGGACUCGACCCCCUUCCUACGACUACAACUAUUCAAAGUCGAAUCAAAAUAUCAGUGCUGAAGUCAAAGUCUUUCCUACACCCAAUUAAAAAAAAAAACUUAAAUUCCAAGUUAGAUUUUACUUUUCUAACUUUUUUUCGUUUUACAAAGUUACUUUAACAUAUAUCAUAUUAUGUAAUCUACUUUAAUGUCUCAUAUUAAUUUUUCGUAAUCUACUUUAAUGUCUCAAUAAACUAAAAACCGUGUAACAUAAGUCGACAGUUCUAUCAAAAUUUGAUAAUUGAAAAUGACUGAAAGAAUGUUAAAAGUACAAAAACAAACAAUGAAUUUUGUUGACGUAAAUGACGUGCAUAUAUAUAUAUAUAUAUAUAUAUCUUGUGCAUCACAAUUGUUAAGACAUUCUUCAUAAAAAAAGUAUCAAGCAGCUCUGGAAAAAAAAAUCAAGUAGCUUAUUUUCGUAAUCCUUACGAUGAGCCAUACAAACAGAGGAAGCUUGAUAUCGUCUCACAGUCUUCAUCAUUCGGAAGAGAGAGUCCCUCUUCGAUCAGAGUCAGACCAGUCCUGUCUCAAUUCAAGUCCAGAGUUCGAUUUUUGCCUCCGUCAGAACUCGAAACAACGGUUUUCUCACGCCGAUGAGCUCUUCUCCAACUGGAAAAACCUCUCUCGCACUGCGUCUGCCAAGGCCUCCAAGAAGAACGAGAUUACUUCUACGGAAAGUAAGCUUGAAACCCUAGCUGUAAAAUCGGACACGAUAGAUUCUGACUCAGAUGAUCCAAGUUUUGGGUGUGGUUUUUGGCUUGUUAGAAGCAAAUCUGUCGGCUACUCGAUGAGAAACAAGAAGACAAGUUCUUCUUCAGAAUAUCAUCGGAGCAAUAGUGAUCCACAGAAAAAGAAGAAGAAGAGUUUGCAGAAGAUGAAUUCUACAGAGAUUAGGGCUUCAAGAUCCAUGAAUAGUUCGGCUUUGAAUGUCCCAUUGGCUGAUAUGUUUUGCUUAGGUCCUGUUUUUUCCGGCAGCCGGGAUCGGAAAAUAUGAAGAAUACUUUUAGUAACCUCGGAUUCAUAAAUUUGUGGAAAAGUCGCAUAUUCUAUUUCUAACCAUUAGAAAGUUAAUAGUGCUUGUAUUUGAAAUGAUUUUUUUAUUGCUAAUAAACUUGGAGUAUGAAUGACUAAAUCGAAUCUUGAGGAAGAUCGUCAUACUCAUGCAUAGCUUCCAUUUUAUUCAAGUUUUGAUAUAUUUAUUACAUCAAGUUAUAGAGAUUGUUGUAAUACGGAAUAUAUAUAUACGUAAGUUCUAUUCAAACUUUUAGCUACA